AUGAUUGUCCCCAACCAGGCUCUACCUCUGCGUUUCAUUCCUGACGGAGCUGUGUUGGGAUGUCAUGUCCGUCAUCCUGGUGAUAUGAUUUCAUCCCAUCCGUCUCAAGGCCUCGAGAGAGCACAGGCUACUGUGGUUUGUACACAGAGCUCGGAUCUCGGAUUUUCGCUCAACAGCUUGGUGAUGGACCAAGACUGGAAUUAUAAUAAUGGGACCUUGCGCGCACCGGAAGAAGCAACAGAGAACUUUCCUAAGGGCUCGAACCCGCCACCCUUCAAGUUAUCCCGCCAGCUUCCCGUCAUUGAUGCUGCAACAUCCAUGUCACCGGAGACGGCGGAGAUCACUGUACCACAAGGACGCUAUUCACACCGCACAAAGAGCUCUCGAACGCGCUACGGAUCUCCCAAAACCGCGCAGUUUGUUGCCUUCGUUAACGCAAACACAGGGAAAGAAGGCAUCAAUUUUCAAGAUAUUUUGGGUGGUAUGCUAGCGCCACUCUUGAAUCCAAACGAUAUCGUCCUUGAGGAUUGCGGUAUCAAUAUAACUUUCCAUGUUCUGUGGGCCGGUUGUAUGCCUUGGAAAGCAACACUAAACACGAAGAGGAAGGCCGCUAAGCCAAUUACCCGCGCUGAUCUCGCCAAAAGGAUCGGACACGCUCUGAGGAAAUUCAUGAAGGCAAGCUUCAUUCGAACUGUGCUCCCUUCACAGUCGUCGACCUCCAUCUUACAUAGUCUUGCAUUACCCCAUCCGACUGCCCUGAAGCCUGAGCAAAUCGUUCUGCGACGCUUCACGCAAGUGACCCAUGGCGGAUGGCAAGCGGAUCUCGCCGCUUUAGUACCUGGAGAUGCCACCGACGUACAGCAUGGCUACAAUACGCUGUUGGGCUAA